CGAAAAUUGCUACUCUGAUGAUGGAGGGUAAAUUUUAGUAUCAGUGUCAGUAAUGGGUCUUCCGCUUGUACCAAACAAGGUUGACAAUCUCAUCGCUGACGAAAAUGGUGUGAAAAAUGAUAGUCUGACAUGCCUGUGAUGAUUGUGUCCCAAUUUAUCUGCCUUCAAGCUUUCUAUUAUGGGAGUGGAAUAUGUGCAUGUCCUCACGUUUCCUGAGUCUUAUCCUCUGCUACAAGCCUUGUGAUAAACAGCAUAACUUGUGAUGCUCCCCCGCGUGUUAUUGUGUGAUGAGAUUGAGUAUGUCCAAGAGGAGUUGAAGGAGAUGUUUCAUGGGAUCGCCGAAGUCGUACAUCUGGUCUCAGAAUCUCGUUCUCAUUUCCUCUCCUCGUUCGGGCCCGGUGGGCCAUAUGAAGGGACUGUCGCCUUAUACAGGCUCAGCGAAUCUUCUAAAGUCAUAGGAAAAUUUGACGAACCAUUAAUUCGUGCUCUAGCCGAUACGAGCAUGGUCCGCUGGAUUGCUCAGAGUAGUAGUGGCUACGAUGAAAUUGACGUGCAAGCCUGCAAAGAACGAGGUAAGUUCCUUAGUCAGAACCAACUGUUGCUAACACGUAUGCUUGUCCCAGGGAUAUUGGUAUCGAAUACUCCAGGAGCGAAUGAGGAUGCCACUGCCUCUACCGCUUUGUACCUUAUGCUAUCGUGCCUGCGGCACUUUUCGAUGGUAGAACGCUCCCUUCGCUCUGGUACAUGGAGGACGCCUUAUAAUGCGGCGCAAACUCAUGACGCUACUGGGCGCACGCUUGGUAUUUUGGGAUUAGGUUACAUCGGCCUGAGAUUCGCACACCUUGUGCACGCCUUUCCAAUGCGCGUCAUAUACUUCUCACGAACGAAGGCGGAAUCUGUACCGGACUGGUGCGAAUAUGUCUCAAGCAUAGAGGAGCUGUGCGAGCAGGCUGACAUACUGAGCCUGCAUGUCCCUCUCAACCAAUCCACAGCUGGUAUGGUUGGAGAGAAGGAAAUCAGGACCCUGCGACGGGGUAGCGUGCUUCUCAAUACGUCACGAGGACGAAUAGUGGACCAAGAGGCGAUGAUACGAGCACUAGAGGACGGUCAUCUUUCAUCGGUCGGGUUGGAUGUAUACCCUGAUGAACCGCGCGUAGAUCCGCGCUUGUUGACCUUUCCACGAUGUACGCUUCUGCCGCAUAUUGGGGGACAGUCAGCAGAGUCAGAUAGGAGAAGAGAACUGCAAGCAUUGGGAAACGUGAAAGCUUUUGUAUUGGGCGGCGUCGGGGAAGAUAUUGUCCCUGAGCUGAGGACAGAAAUCGGCAAAUCGACUACGUUGUAAUCACCGGCAGCAUGCUGGACAAGGCAUAGCAUAGAAGGAAGAGUUACCUUCCUUCGUUCAAUGAUAGAAUGAGACUCGUAUAAUGGAGAAGAACGAUCACUGCAAGCCUUA